UAGUUCCGGUUCCGGUGUGGCGACUUUCGUUCUCUGCGUUCAGUUGUCGCGGUUGGUGGGCAGUAACUGAGGCAAGAUGCUGCGGAAUCUGUUGGGUCUCCGUCAGAUUUCGCAGAGGACCAUAAGCACUGCUUCACGCAGGCAUUUUGAAAAUAAAGUUCCAGAGAAGCAAAAGCUGUUUCAGGAGGAUAAUGGGAUUCCAGUUCACCUAAAGGGUGGUCUGGCUGAUGCCCUCCUGUAUAGAGCCACCAUGGUUCUUACAGUUGGUGGAACAGCAUAUGCCAUAUAUCAGCUGGCUAUGGCUUCAUUUCCCAAGAAGCAGGAUUGACUUCAGUCAUCCCAGUGAUCACUUGGUUCACUUUCAUUUAGCUCUGUAUGGACCAGUAAACUGAUGAGUAACUGAGCUCUUCUUUGGGGAUCAAUAUUUAUUGACUUGUACUAACUGCCACCAAUAAAGCAGUCUUUAACCAUG